AACCACGGAGCAUCCGAGGCGCAAUGGCGUCGCGUCGGUAGCCAGCGAGCCAGCGAGCCAGCUAGGAGACGACAAAGCCCACCGCACCGCGGCGUCCACCCACCCACGCGCGCGAGCGAGGCGAGGGCGGCGGAGAUCGAGGAGGAAGAAGACGACAAUGGCGCGGAUCGACGGCGGCAGCGCGCUGGCGUUCUGCGUGCUCCACGACCUGCUGGGCGCGGCGGCGUUCCUCGCGGCCCACCCGCUGCACGCCGCCUACGCGCUCUUCUUCCACCGCGGCCUGCUCGCGCUCGCCGCCUUCUUCUGCCCGCUGCUGCUCUCCACGGCGCUCCUCCUCGUCGUGCUCCUCACCGCCGCCCCGUACGCCGCGCCGGGGUGGGCCGGGGCGCGGUUCCUCGGGAGCACCUGCGGCGUCGCCGUCGCCGCGCUCUGCGCCGGGCUAAGGCCCGACGGCGGGCUCGGGCUGCUCGGCCAGCUCUGCUCCUUCGUGCUCGGCCCUGCCGGCGUCGGCGAGGUCGUGUUCGUCGGUGAGGUGCGUGACGCUGGUGGUGAUUCUUGCUUUCUUCUGGAACAGGGGAGGGAGACCUUCUUGUCUGCCGCCCAGGAGGAGUUCGCCGUUGAGCUGCCGUUGCAGAGUGUCCGUGGAGAAGAGAUCUGCUUCCUGAGCAACGGGGAAUUUUAUGAAGAGGAUACCUUCAGCUUCAUGGAUGAAAUUCAGGAGAAAAAUGUGGUCUCUGAGGAUCUGAAGAAGGCUCCGGAAUCUUUGUCUUCUUCUUCGGAGCAUUGCUUCCCAGUUCCAGGUGAGACAUUCAUGCCAGAGAUGGAAGAGCAGGAGAAAUCCAUCAGCAAAGGACAGAGUGUAAGCUUGCCAGAGAGAAAGGGGCUCAGUAGUGAUGCGGUGGAGGAAAAGAGGCUGGAGUGUGACCCUGUUCCUCUGUCAGCAAUGGAGACGAAGUGGGUCACCAAGCCACAUUCUUCGAUUUCUCAGCGAAUAAGGCAGUGGGAAUCUGGCAAACUGAAGAGUGUUCUUGAUGAAAUCGAGGAUAAUCCGGUGGAAAUCUGUUUCGAGAAGGGAUCAUUCAAGGGCGUGGUGGAAACCGUGCCAUUGGAGACUGAAUCUUGCGACCAAAAACAGAGUGAAGAAGACCAGCUUGCUCAAGAAGAAUCUGACCGGAAGCAAUUACCAGAGGAGGAACUUGUAGAUGUCAAGGAAGAAUUGGUGCCGUCGAAGGUGGCGGAAGGAUGCAUCAUAGACCUGCAAGCUGAAGAAAUCGCCUCCAUUAUUGGUGAACCCGAAGAAGACCCGCCGCAAGAACAGAGGAGCGAGGACGUGCAGGCCGAAGAAGAUGCGCAGCCUGAAGGACAAGACCACCAAGAAGAUGUGCAGGAAGAGCAGGAGCAGGAGGACGCGGACGGCAGGGAGGGUCCCCUGAGGUCGACGUCCAUUGCGCGGCGGGUGCACACCCGGACUUCGUCGGAGAACCUCGCCGGCAGCGCCUGCGAGGGGUCGCCGUCCAAGGGGAAGGAGUGGAAGCGGACGCUGGCGUGCAAGCUGUACGAGGAGCGGAUCCAGCUCAAGGUCUGCCGCGACGGCGCCGUGGCCGGGGCGUGCGCGGACGACAUGGACAUGCUCUGGGAGGCCUACGAGACCGGGGGCGGCAGCAGCGCCGUCGCCGUCGCCCUCGCCGGCGACACCAAGCUCCGAGGCGGCGGCGGCAGCAAGGCGAAAGAAGAAUCCGUCGACGAGGAGGAGGAGGAAGAAGACGGCGAGGACGAAGGGCCGGUGCGGCAGCUGUGCUGCCUGCAGGCGCUCAAGUUCUCCACGAGGAAGAUGAACCUCGGGGGCGGCAAGCCGAGCCUGUCCAAGAUCUCCAGGGUGCUCAAGCGGAUGACCGCGCUGUCCAGGGUCGGGUCGCGGCGUAAGUGAUGAUGAUCGGCAGUGGCCGUCGGUGCAUGGACGGUUUCCAUGGAUCUAGAGCUAUGGUGACAAGUGUAUCAGUGUGUGUAUACGUAUAUGAUGGUGAAAAUAUAUAUGGGUCUGUUUCGUUUGUGCACUCA